UCUCUCUCUAUAUAUAGGUAUAAAGAGACAGAGACGUGUAGAAGACAAUAAGACAGUUGUGAGAAAACAGCAAGCAGAUGAUGGAAGAGGAUUCACAAUCAUCUGAAACUGAACACCAAGAAACUGAACCACAUAACCAUUCAAAAUUCAGCAAAUCUCUCCAAGAAUUGAAGGAUUUAUGUUCACAGCUUCAUGCAGCAGCAGGAUACUGUGAAUCCAAUUUUUUAAGUUCUAAUCACAAGAGUUUAGUUGUGGAGAACACCAAAGAGUAUGUGUGUAGGGCAGUGGUUGCAGUUGUGGAUCAUCUUGGAAGUGUUUCAGCCAAUCUUGACCAUUAUAUUUCCGAAGCAGAAACAGACACAGUCUCUCAAACAGAAGUCAGAAUUGAUUUGUUAAAACAGAAACUGUUUACCUGCCAAGAAUACUCUGACAAGCUUGCUCUAGCUAAAAUAGCUUGGAGAUCGGAGAUCCCACGAUAUAAUUCUCGUUAUUUAAAACCGCCUGUCUCGAAUGUUUUGAUUCAAAACUCGGGGAGUGAGAUUGUUGCAAACACCGAAAACAAUAAGCAAAGGUUUAAAAUCGACGAGGAAGUUCCCCUUUUCUUUUACACUUGUAUAUACAAGUCGUCAUCUCAAUAUAGCGAAUCUAAAAACGAUGACAACGCAAAAGUGUCCUUGUCGCUUUCAGCUUUGCCAGUCCGCGAUAACUUGUCAAUCCAGGCAAAACCUCAAGCCGUGUCAUUUCAAUUACAGGAGAAACACAAGAGUAGACGUGGUGCGUUGUUUAGGAAGUCGAUGACAAGCAACGAGAUCUUAUCCAUAAUUCGAAGGAGAAAAUGAUGUCGGAAUAGUUUGUUAUGUGAGAUUCAAUAUCAGAGUGGGAUUGAAUAUUAGCUUUGUUUAUUUCUUAACUAUAUAUGGGUUAUAAUAAAUUUGUUAGGUUUAUAUUAUUACUAAAUUGUAUUUUUCCUCUUUGUGUUGUAAAAAAAAGUUGUAAAUCCGUUCUUAUUUAUUGUCUGUCAAUAUUUAUAGAAUCUAGAUUAACCAA